ACUGUGUUUGACAUGUAUGCCUAAGGAAGGGAACUCCCCGAUGGAUCAUGGCGUUAAUGUUUACGGGACAUUUCUUAUUUUUAGCUUUAGUGAUGUUUGCUUUUUCCACUUUUGAGGAAUCUGUGAGCAAUUACUCUGACUGGGCAGUUUUCACAGAUGAUAUAGAUCAGUUUAAGACACAGAAAGUGCAAGAUUUCAAACCCAAUCAAAAGCUGAAGAAAAGUAUGCUUCAUCCAAGUUUAUAUUUUGAUGCUGGAGAAAUCCAGGCAAUGAGACAAAAGUCUCGUACAAGCCAUUUGCAUCUGUUUAGAACUAUCAGAAGUGCAGUAACAGUUAUGCUGUCCAACCCCACAUACUACCUACCUCCACCCAAGCAUGCUGAUUUUGCUGCCAAGUGGAAUGAAAUUUAUGGUAACAAUCUGCCUCCUUUAGCAUUGUACUGUUUGUUAUGUCCAGAAGACAAAGUUGCCUUUGAGUUUGUCUUGGAAUAUAUGGACAGGAUGGUUGGCUACAAAGACUGGCUGGUUGAGAACGCACCAGGGGAUGAGGUUCCAGUUGGCCAUUCCUUAACGGGUUUUGCCACUGCCUUUGACUUUUUGUAUAACUUACUAGAUGAUCAUCGGAGACCUAAAUACCUGGAAAAAAUAUGGGCUGUUACUGAGGAAAUGUAUGAGUAUUCCAAGGUCCGUUCGUGGGGCAAACAACUUCUCCAUAAUCACCAAGCUACUAACAUGAUAGCAUUACUCACUGGGGCUUUGGUGACUGGGGUAGAUAAAGGAUCUAAAGCAAAUGUAUGGAAACAGGUUGUAGUAGAUGUGAUGGAAAAGACGAUGUUUCUGUUGAAUCACGUUGUCGAUGGUUCUUUGGACGAAGGUGUGGCCUACGGAAGCUACACAGCUAAAUCAGUCACACAGUAUGUUUUUCUAGCCCAGCGUCAUUUUAAUAUCAACAAUUUGGAUAAUAACUGGUUAAAAAUGCACUUUUGGUUCUAUUACGCCACCCUUUUACCAGGCUUCCAAAGAACUGUGGGUAUAGCAGAUUCCAAUUAUAAUUGGUUUUAUGGUCCAGAGAGCCAGUUAGUUUUUUUGGAUAAGUUUAUCUUAAAGAAUGGAGCUGGGAAUUGGUUAGCUCAGCAAAUUAGAAGGCACCGACCUAAAGAUGGACCAAUGGUCCCCUCCACUGCCCAGAGGUGGAGUACUCUUCACACCGAGUUCAUCUGGUAUGAUCCCCAGCUCACCCCACAGCCUCCUGCUGAAUAUGGUACUGCAAAAAUGCACACAUUCCCUAACUGGGGUGUUGUCACCUAUGGGGCUGGGUUGCCAAAUACACAGAGCAAUACCUUUGUGUCUUUUAAGUCUGGGAAGCUAGGGGGGCGAGCGGUGUAUGACAUAGUUCACUUUCAGCCAUACUCCUGGAUUGAUGGGUGGAGAAGCUUUAACCCAGGACAUGAACAUCCAGAUCAGAACUCCUUUACUUUUGCCCCCAAUGGGCAAGUGUUUGUUUCUGAAGCUCUCUAUGGACCCAAGCUGAGCCACCUUAACAACGUACUGGUGUUUGCUCCGUCACCCACAAGCCAGUGUAACAAGCCCUGGGAAGGUCAACUGGGAGAAUGUGCACAGUGGCUCAAGUGGAGCGGCGAGGAGGCCGGUGACGCGGCGGGGGAAAUCGUCACUGCCUCUCAGCAUGGAGAAAUGAUAUUUGUGAGUGGGGAAGCAGUGUCUGCUUACUCUUCAGCAAUGAAGCUGAAGAGUGUGUAUCGUGCUUUGCUUCUCUUAAAUUCCCAGACUUUGCUAGUUGUUGAUCACGUUGAGAAGCAGGACAAUUCCCCAAUAAAAUCUGUCAGUGCCUUCUUUCAUAAUCUGGACAUUGACUUUAAGUACAUCCCUUACAGGUUUAUGAACAGGUACAAUGGCGCCAUGAUGGAUGUGUGGGAUGCACACUACAGAAUGUUCUGGUUUGAUCAUCGUGGCAAUAGUCCCAUUGCUAGCAUACAGGAAGCAGAGCAAGCUGCUGAAUUUAAGAAACGGUGGACUCAAUUUGUUAAUGUUACAUUUCAGAUGGAAUCCGCAAUCACAAGAAUUGCAUAUGUCUUUUAUGGGCCGUAUGUCAAUGUUUCCAGCUGCAGAUUUAUUGAUAAUUCCAACUCUGGACUUCAGAUUUCUCUCAAUGUCAAUAAUACUGAACAUGUUGUGUCCAUUGUAACUGACUACCAUAACCUGAAGACAAGAUUUGAUUACCUGGGUUUUGGUGGCUUUGCCAGUGUGGCUGAUCAGGGCCAAAUAACCCGAUUUGGUUUGGGCACUCAAACAAUAGCAAAGCCCAUAAGACAAGAUAGAGUUAUUUUCCCUUUUGGGUUUAAAUUUAAUAUAGCAGUUGGGUUGAUUUUGUGCAUUAGCUUGGUGAUUUUAACCUUUCAGUGGCGGUUUUACCUUUCUUUUAGAAAGCUAAUGCGGUGGAUCCUAAUCCUUGUUAUUGCCUUGUGGUUUAUUGAGCUGCUGGAUGUGUGGAGUGCCUGCACUCAGCCCCUCUGUGCAAAAUGGGCAAGGACGGAGGCCGAGGCAAGCCCGAAGUCUUUGUCUUCCGAAGGGCACCACCUCGAUCUUCCGGACGUCGUCGUUACCUCACUUCCUGGUUCAGGAGCUGAAAUUCUCAAACAGCUUUUUUUCAACAGUAGUGAUUUUCUCUACAUCAGAGUUCCUACAACCUACAUCGAUAUUCCUGAAACUGAAUUUGAAAUUGACUCAUUUGCAGAUGCUUGUGAAUGGAAGGCAUCAGAUAUCCACAGUGUGCAUUUCCGUUUACUCCGAGGCUGGUUGCAGUCCUUAGUUCAAGACACGAAACUACAUUUGCAAAACAUCCAUCUGCGUGAACCCAGUAGGGGUAAACUGGCCCCAUAUUUUACAGCAAAUAAGGACAAAAAAAGAAAAUUGAAAAGGAGAGAGUCUUUGCCAGAACAAAGAAGUAGGAUGAAAGGCACCUUUGAUAGAGAUGCUGAAUAUAUUAGGGCUUUGAGGAGACACCUGGUCUAUUACCCAAGCGCGCGUCCCGUGCUCAGCUUAAGCAGCGGGAGCUGGACCUUAAAGCUUCAUUUUUUCCAAGAAGUUUUAGGAGCUUCUAUGAGGGCAUUGUACAUAGUAAGGGACCCUCGGGCAUGGAUUUAUUCAAUGCUGUACAGUAGUAAACCAAGUCUCUACUCUUUGAAAAAUGUACCAGAGCACUUAGCUAGAUUGUUUAAAAUAGAGGGAGGUAAAGGCAAAUGUAACUUAAAUUCAGGCUACGCUUUCGAGUAUGAAUCGUUGAGGAAAGAAUUAUCGAAAUCCACGUCCAGUGCAGUCUCCCUGUUGUCCCAUCUGUGGCUCGCAAACACCGCAGCGGCCCUGAGAAUAAACACAGACUUGCUGCCUACCAGCUACCAGCUGAUCAAGUUUGAAGACAUCGUACAUUUUCCUCAGAAAACCACUGAAAGGAUUUUUGCCUUUCUUGGAAUACCUUUGUCUCCUGCUAGUUUAAACCAAAUACUGUUCGCCACCUCCACAAACCUUUUCUAUCUUCCCUAUGAGGGGGAAAUAUCACCAAGUAAUACUAACGUUUGGAAACAAAACUUGCCUAGAGAUGAAAUUAAACUGAUUGAGAACAUCUGCUGGACACUGAUGGAGCGUCUAGGAUAUCCAAAGUUCAUGGACUAAAUGCUGCAGGCUCUGAAAUCAAAAUGCCACGCCGUUAGAUGCCGUUAUAAGCCGGGGGAGUAAUUACUGUGCACUGGACAAAAACCAUUAGGCGGGGUCGAGACCUGAUGAAAAUCUCUGUACAGAUUGCAGUCUUCCUGAUGUUUCAGACUGUCGUUUCCCCAAGCUCUCCAACACUUGGGAGUCUGUCCUUCUGACCUAGAUAAAAGUGGUUCUUUCUCAGUAGUUUGUUAUUAUGUCAAAAUGUGCCUCCAGAGUGAUAAGGCUGUGGAU